AUGAUCGCUAUAGAAUCAGAGCAGCCGAUGCCGAAGGAGGAAAGAGUCCCAAAAGUUGAGCCGACAAGUUCGCAUCAGAGAACCCUGACGCGCUCGAGCGCCGUGAGCCAGAAAUCGGUCGACUUGGUGGUCCACCCGGAGAACUCCAAUAAUCCUCUACACAGAUCCAAAUUGGCUCCAGUGCGUUCGUCAUCGGAGUCGUCGUCGAAUAAGAAAAUGCUGAACUUGAGAAAGACGAAGAACUCUUCGAUAGAAUCGACGAUGAGUUUGCCGAACCAGAAGUCUUUGGAAAAGAAGCAUGGGAGCCUCCGGCACCAGAAGUCGAUCGGAGCUCAUUCGGAUGUAACUCUGAGCACGCAGCCGGUGAUCGCAGACGACAGGAAGGCUCUCCGGGAGGCCUUGUAUCAGGGUAUAUUUCAUAGACAUAGACGGACAAUUUUCGCAGUGGGUUCUUUCCUAAGAAUGCUUCGAAGCAAAACGUCCAAUUACGACUCCAUUAGGUCGGAGUCGGAUGAGAUUUAGCAGUCGUAAACGCGCAGUGAACUUUUAAUAAUCCGGUACCUAGUGAUACCAGAGACUGCAAAUGUGCUUAUUAAAAUUUAUAACAAAACAAUGUUAUUAGGUUUAGUAAUUUGUAAUAAAUGAUCCUUGUUUUAUAUUAAAAUGUUCCUAAUUUUAAUUUGUGAGCAGUUUUUAUUGUUAUCAUGACCCGCUUUAUAAUAUGCUGCAUUAUUAUCCGUAGACACUAGUAGGCAUGCACGUUAAAAUACAUUAACAUGGUUGUUAUGCGUACCAUUACAGAAUAAUAUUAUUUUGAUACAAAUGUGUGCCAAAUAUCGUUAUGAAAGUACAACUGAUCAGGCGGUUUUUUAACCCCCGACCCAAAAAGAGGAGUGUUAUUAGUAUUUUUUUGUAAAGACUUGAACACGAAGGGUUCCGUACCAUUGCACAAGAAACAACAGUUUUUAAUUUUUUGUGAUGUAGCCACAAAUUCAGGAUUUUUGGACUUUUCCCUUUACUCGUGUAGUUAGAUAAAAGACAUUGCUAUCUGCCAAAUUUCAUGAUUCUAGGUCAACGUUUUGAUUCCCUUGUCCGAUCUUGACAGAUGCGAUAGAGACCCAUACAACGGAGUGAUCCUAGAAGGGUUUCUUUUCUCUCUGGAGAUACGGAACCCUAAAAAAUAUUAAGUCGCUUUAUAACCACUUUGGGUACAUAAUGAUUGGGAUUUGUUUUCUAUUACUCCAUCGCGUGUCAAAGCUCAAGGACGCAAGUUCCUGAUUACUGAUUGCCUUGACUUUUAUAAUCAUAAAAAGGUCUCCCGGUACGUAAAAAAUUGUCCAAGUGCGAGUCGGACUCUCACACGAAGGGUUCAAUACUAUCGUAAAGAUCAUGAACUUUUUUACUAAUUUUAUAUUUACACGGCGGCCAUUUUGAAUUAUUAUUAUCUGUUGCUUUAUAAAGCAACAAUUUCUAUUGCCGUUAUAGCGGCAAAUUGACACUGAAAUUCUCACAUAUAAACUCAUUUAAGUAGGUAUAGUUAACAUUAUAUAUGAAUUGAAAAUUGCACUUACAUUUUACAUAUUGCAUGUUACGUAAAAUAAACAUAUUCUGUAAAUUAAAAUUGAUAAUUCAACUAAUUUGAACUAAAAUUUAUUUACCGGACUAAAAAUCAACUCGCUCAUAAAUCAACAUAACCUGAAAUGAAAAUAUUUUAUGAACUUUAGUCGUCACAAGCGUCACAAGUUGAUAUUUAGUUGAUCAUUAAAUAAUUGCGAAAGAUUAUGUAGAUACCUACUGAUUUUGAUUUUGCUGCCUUAAAUAAAAAUAAUAAUCAUACGAAUGUUAUUCUGUAAAGGUGCUAUAAGUAAGUAGAUAUAUUAAGCAUAUCGUUCGUCCCUCUUUUUUAUAAAUUGUAUCAUUAACAGUCAGAACACCAUUGAUUUUAUUAUAUUUUUGGAAAUUAAUUUGAUACUGCACAUUAAAAAUAAUUAUAUUUGCUGUAAAAUUUGAAUUUGAAUUUUAAGAGUAGAUAAUUUAGUACUUAUCAUUUUAUUUUAAUUAAUAUAGUUAUGUUGCAUUUUAUUCGUUAAUGUUUGUAAAUCGUGAUGCUAUAUUAUAAUGAUAACGAAUAUAGAGCUUAGAAAACAUAGUUUUAAAAACGUAUGCGUUAUUUAGUUUUUACAUAAAGCAACGUAGAUUUUUUCAUUAUAAAAAAAUAUUUUGUGUAGUCAACAUUGUAAGCUAAUCAAAAUAUACCUGCUACAUUUUUUGUUAUUUUUCUUAGUAGAGUUUUUAAAAUAUGCGAAAAAAUAUGCCUCUACAGGUUAUAGACUUUUAAAAUACUUUGUUGCUAAAUGUAUAACAGCGAACGAAUGAUUUUUGGGUAGAUUUAAUAAUUAUUUUGCAAAGAUUUAUAUAAAUAAUAUGAAAUCUAAUGUAUUAAAAACAUGAAAGUUGGAUUGUUGAAACACAUUUUUGGAACGUUUUAUGCACUUUUAUAUAUUUGUACAUCUGAGGUUUUUGUAUAUUAUUAUGCUGUUGUAAAAAUAGGAAUAAAUACUUAUAUGAUAAAAGAAAUAUGUUGCUAAAAAUAAUUAUUUUUCCGGAUAUAUUUUUCCCAGCUUUAUACACAAAGUAUAAUUAAUAUACGAACAGAUAGCUUCGGAAUUAAAGGAAUACUAACGAUUACAAGUGCAAAAAAAAAAUCGUUUUUUAUUUAGAAGUUUGUUAUUUAAAAAUUAAAUUAAGUACAAAAUAUUUGUACCUACAAAUUCUGUUAUAGCCAAAAAGUUCAUAUCUUCACAUUUUUAUAUAUUUACGUUUCCAACAAUAACAUAAAAAACGAGCUUCGUGUUUUACUAUUAGAAUAGAUUUUAAACGAAUGUAACUUUAGUAAGCUGAUUUCAUUUUAUUAUGUUAAAAUAUUAUUUCCAAUAAUAAAACCUAUGCGUAAUUUAGCUUAUUAAUUAAUUAUUAUUGUUGUAAUAUUAUUUCUAAUAUUAUUUUCUAAUCGAGUGUUCGAGAACUAAACCAAAUUUUAGUUUACUUAAUUAUCUCUUUUCCACAUAGCUAGAUCUAAGGAGAAAAUCUUGCUUUAUGUAGUUUAAUUCUAACAAAAUUACGACCAAGAUCCAUCCAUUCUCCAUACAUGCAUAUUAUAAUGCGAAAGUUUGUCUGUCUACUAUCUUUUUACGGUCCAUCCGUUUAAUCGACUUUGGCGAAAUUUUCCGAGUUUUCCUGCUAGUGUCUCUAUAAUACGAGCGCCCCAUUGAAGCUUACUGUCUAGGAGUUAGCCAUGUUUAUUAAUAAAGACUAAAACUAAAACUAGGUUUAGUCCUUGCAUAUCCGAAAUUGACUAUUGUUGUGUUAUUUAGGAACUAAAAUUAAGUUGUUACAUAGUUAGGUACUUUUUGAUUUAUAUUUUUUUAUGUUUACCAAAAUUUAGUUUUAAUUUAGUUUUUAGUUAUUUUAUAGUUUUGAUUUUGUAUUUAUUUGUCUUAAUUGGUAUGUAAAAUAUUUUUGAUUUGAUGUUUUCUAGAACUUUAUUAUUAUUUUGAAUCAUUUCAUAUAAUGUAAAACUUACAUUCCUAAAUAUAUUCGAUAUUUAAUAAUAAAAACACUGUCCGAAAAGAAUUUAGUAAAAAAUAAGACUGCGUAAAAUAAUAAUAAAAUAGCAGAAAAGAAUACCUAAUCACAGUGUAAAAAAUCAGUUCGUUAAUUAAACCAUAACACCAUACCGGCAUGAUUAAAUUUGUUUUAU